AUCUUCUUCUUUCCAACGCCACCGCAGCAGCAGAAAUCGAUCAUUCAAUAAUUAAAUUAAAUUAAUAAUUAGGGCAAAGCUCUGUCUGCAGUGACUGCCAGUUCGAUAAUCAGAUAAAAAAUGGGCUUCUUCGAACAGCAGAUUCCGACGACAGCGAUGAUCGGAUGCCAGAUUCUGUAUUCGGCGGUGGCACUUUCCGGCAGAGCCGUACUUCUCGACGGCCUCAGUUCCAAGGUUUUUGUCGUCUACAGACAGUGCUUUGCCUUCUUCCUCAUUGCCCCCCUUGCCUUCUUCUCCAGGAGAGAGAAAAAGGAAUGUGGUUUGGGGUGGAGAAGCUUGGGGAUGAUAUCAUUGCUGUCGUUUAUUGGUGUGACAGUGAAUCAGAAUAUGUAUUAUUCGGGGCUGUAUUUGGCGACUUCUUCUGCUGCCAGUUCCAUCACCAAUCUUGUGCCUGCUCUCACCUUCAUCCUUGCCUACACUUUUGGAUUAGAAAAGGUGAAUUGGAGAAGCGUACGAAGCGGUGCAAAGGUGGUCGGAACGGUGUUGUGCGUGGGCGGCGCCGCCGCAAUGGCGCUGCUCAAAGGCCCAAAACUGCUCAACACAACAAACAAUUUUUUAUUAUUAUUAAGUGGGCCCGAGGACACGUGGCUGCUCGGCUGUUCCUUCUUAUUUGGAAGUGCUUUCUGUUGGUCACUUUGGCUCAUAUUACAGGCUCAUGUAAGUGGUUGGUACCCAGAUCAUCUGGCAUUGACGGCGUGGAUGUGUUUGAUCGCAGCCGUUCAAUCUGCGAUCUGGACGGUCCUGGUUGAGCCUGAUCUGAGUGUUUGGAAGCUCACUUCUCCCUUCCAACUCUUUUCCUGCUUCUUUGCAGGAUUGACGUCAGCAGUGACGUUCUUUGGUCAAGCGUGGUGCACUUCAAGAAGAGGGCCUCUGUUUGCUGCACUGUUCAAUCCUCUUUGCACUGUUAUUGUCACAAUUAUUGCCUCCAUUUUUAUGCACGAAGAGCUCUACUCGGGAGGGUUGAUGGGUGGAUUGGUUGUGAUACUUGGGCUGUACAUUGUGCUCUGGGGCAAAGCUAAAGAGAAUACGGCUACGGACGGAGAAGAGGAUGACAUUGCCCAAUUGAAGAGUGAUGAAACCGAUAUUUUGGAAUACGCUGUUACGAUCGAUUUAGAAGAGCCAUUUUUGUCUGAAAAAAUUUCAGAAAAAUUCGAGGAGUGAAAGAAAGUAAAUGAAAAAAGUGAAUGAUGGAUCAAAUUCAUUCUUUCACCAAAUUAGUGUAGUUGGUCUUAAUUGAGUUUUGGGGAUGUCAUAUUUAUCUAUGUAUAUAUUAUUUUUAAGUUAUAUAAUAUAUAUAUAUAUAUAUAUAUAUUAGGUAUGUAUGGUUAAUUUAUGGAAAUGAUAAUUCUAAGUAUAUAGAUA